GAGUGGCAGAUAUUGGAGAGGUACAGUGUAACUUAAGACUGGUCCUCCUCGUGUAUUAGUCCACCAAUCAGAGAGCAGCGCUUCCUCCCCCUCCAUUCAAACUAGUAUUUAGCAUCACAGACUACGAUAAAGUUUCCCAAAAAUUAGGAAACAACUUCCCGAGGGAGGAAAACUGUGCCAAUCUCUACUUCUUGAAGUGGAGGCGCAGUCUCAGGACUAACAAACUCCAGAAAAACGCACGGAUAUAACGGUGUAACCACGGAUUCGAAGGUGGAGAGCGCGUUUUCUCCUCGACCUUCUCAUUUCUUUAAAAGAGAAAUGGAAGAGAGUUCAAGCUCUCCCGUCUCCCCAGUGGACAGCCUGGUGACCAGCGAGGAGGAGCUGGACAGACAGCAGAAAAAGUUCGGAAGGAAGAGGAGACACAGUAAAAAGUCGAGCGAGGACGGCAGCAGCCCGAGCUCCGUGAAUAAACGGAGCAAAAAGCCGAGCCCGAGCAGCACGCAGUCGUUCGAGGAGCUGCAGAACCAGCGCGUCCUGGCGAACGUCAGGGAGAGGCAACGGACUCAGUCCCUCAACGAUGCCUUUGCGUCUUUGCGCAAAAUCAUCCCCACGCUCCCCUCGGAUAAACUCAGCAAGAUACAGACGCUCAAGCUCGCCUCCAGGUACAUUGAUUUCCUCUGUCAGGUACUGCAGAGCGACGAGAUGGACAACAAGAUGUCGAGCUGCAGCUACGUCGCGCACGAGAGACUGAGUUACGCCUUCUCGGUGUGGAGGAUGGAGGGCGCGUGGUCGAUGUCCGCGUCCCACUAGCAGCGAGACUCGUCCGUGCGAUGCCGAAAGGACUGUUUACUUCCACUAAUUUUGAAGACACCAAAGGAUUUAUUGAUGAACCUCUAAACCUCAGUGAUGUGGCCAAAGGACAUUCAGCAGAUACACCUAUGGACUUGAGCAUCCUCACGAAGGAAACCAUGAAGGAACUUUUUAUAUAGAGGAAACCUGGAUGACAUCUCCUGUGUCGUCAAAUACAUUUAAUCAUUUUCAGAAGUUAUUCUUAAAUGUCGGCAUGGUGAUAGUACAGGAAGGCCAUCUGUUAUCUGUAUGGAAACUAUAUUGUGUGUUUGUCUCUAAACAGAAGAAUUUACAUAUAUAUAUGUGUGUGUGGGAACAAAAAUUUAUUGUAAAUAGGCUACCUGUGAGUAUUGUCAGCUUUUUUAAGGGACCAAUGCAAUUUAGAGCAAUACUUUCUUGAAGUACGCUGCAUGGAUGAAUGCAUACGUUUGAUUUUUGCUAUGCAACAUUUUCAAAUUCCGUCCAUUGUACAUUUUGCUUAUUUAUUAAAACAUAUUUUUGAACAUUUAGGGGUGAACCCUUUGCUUUUUCCAUGUAAUCACUCUAGAUAUGCCAGUUUUCACUACAGUAAAAAACAUUCAGAUUUUCCCCUUAUUUUGUUAUAAAAAGAAACGGUUAUAAAACAGUGCAGGUUCAUUAGCCGAAGAGAAAGUCCAGCCAGUUUUACCUCUAAGCUUAUAUAAAAAAAGCUUGUCUGCUUUAAUAAGAAGAAAUCACUGAAUCCAGACGGCUGCAGGCAAAUGCUUUAACAACCGCAGAUAACCACCGCAUUUAAAUACCGGACCCCUACCAGACCUUUUCAUUUCUCCUUUAAAUCUACA